CAUGUCUACGGGGUCUUUCCCCCUAGACAAGGCCGCAGAUCGCCUCGACAAGGCCUCCCAGCACCUCCCACACGCCCCCGGAGGAGCAGGAGGCGCCGAACAGGACCUCUACGGCUCGCACUUCAGCUCGGCCUUUGAACACGCCAAAGAGCGAUUCCCUCACGUAGGCCGACCAGCCCAAGCCAAAGUCAUCGAUGGCUAUCCCACCGCCACAGCAGCCGAGCAGGACCGCUACGGCUCCCAUUUCGGACCAGGCUCAGGCUCAGGCCCGGGCCUCAGCGGCGAGAACAUCGCAGCAGUCGGUCUACUAAAUACCACCAUCCUCCCCUCCUUCAGCUUUCACGCGACCUUUUCCGCAAUCGCAUACGGCAUCUCGCGCUACACCGACCGCGCCGACGGCAAAGACUGGCUGUGGCCCACCGGCAUGACCCUAAACGCCUGGUACAGUGCCCUCGGCACCCGAGUUGUCCACGACGGUCUCCCUCUCUCAACCGCCUGGUCCAGCUUCAACUACAGCGAGAGACUGCUUCUCGGCGGCGUAACAGCCUGGGGCGUGCGUCUAUUAUCGAGGAUCGCCACGCGCGGAAUCGAGCGCCGCACCGACGAUCCACGCUAUACGACCGCAAAACAAGACCCGGGAUUCUGGGGUAAGGCGCUCGUCAAUAUGUUCCUGCCCGAGGCCGCGGCGCAGACGCUGAUUUCGCUGCCGUUUGUGUUGCCGUUCCGUGCUCGGGGCGAGAGUAUUCGCGCGUCGCCGGCGCCGGGGGAUGUGAGUCGGUGUGGAGCGCAUUCGCUGGCGGUGUUCCUGUUCUCAGCGGGGUUUGCGCUGGAGGUCCUGGCUGAUUUGAGACUUUCGAAGCAUAAGAAGGAAGGUGAUAAGGGGAUUUGUCGGGAUGGGGUUUGGAGUGUUGUUCGGCAUCCGAACUAUCUUGGCGACGCGCUCAUCCACGCCUCGUUCCCGAUCCUGCUUAUCGGCGCGGGUCUCUUCCACCCCCUCGCUGCGCUGGGCCCUAUUGUGAACUACGUCUUCCUGCGGUUCGUCGGCGGAGACCGUGAGAAUGAGCAGAACCAGGCGGAGCGGUACGCUAAGGAGGACCCCGUCAAGGCGGCGCAGUUCCAGGAUUACCAGAAGGAGAAGAACAGCUUCUGGCCGGACUUGAAGGAGGCGAGUAACAAGUGGAGCUGGAUUGUUGUUGGUGCUGGUGCUGCCGGUGUGCUGCUUGAGAGGGGAUUGAGGUCGUUGACUGCUUAGGAUAUGUAUAAUAUGGGAAUAUUUUGUUAACAUAGUUCUGUUAUUGUAAUUUUGCAAUAUAAAAGGAAACGCCGGUAUCCGUUAUA